ACAAUUACCAUUCAAUCAUGUUUAACAAAAACAGGCCUUAAAAAUUGGGUCAAAUCAUCUCGUUUUUGUUCAUGCUCGCUGAGGCAAUACAUUUGUUUACGCCUGAAAUAUUCCGUCAAAAUCACCGUCAAAACCGAAAGUAGAAACGUUCACAUUAAGCGGCCUUAGCCGCGCACAGAAAUGAAUGAGGCAACUCUAACACCACAAGCACCACUAGAUCUGGGUAGACUGGAGCUUCAAGCCAAAGAGGCUGGCACCAAGUAUGUGGCCAACCUACUUCAGCGACCAGACCAAUUGGAAAGAGUAGACCAGUAUCGCAGACGUGUUGCAAGAAAAAAGGCUUCUGUGGAAGCCAUGUUGAAAACUGCUGUGCAAUCCCAGCUGGAUGGAGUGAGAACUGGACUCAAUCAGUUGCAGAGUGCCCUUCUAGAUGUUCACGAGAUUAAACGAAGCUUAGACCAGGUGGAUGAGACCUACAGAAAGGUUAAACCUUUGCAGAAGAAAAUUGCAACAGUUUUAGAGGAGAACAACAACUUCUGUCAGUUGGCGACAGCAAUGGAGAAUCUCAAGCAUAUAUUCACAGUCCCUGAAAGUGUAAAGAAGACAGAGGAUCUUAUCAGUGAGGGGAAAUUGCUGCAUGCUCAUAAACAAUUGACGGAGUUGGAGACUGCCAGGGACGACCUACUUCUUGAACUUCACAAGCAGCCCAACAGAAGCCCAACCGAUGAUAAUAUGCUGCAGAAGUACUUCUCGGAAGUUGCCAAGCUGUCUGUCACCCUGGGCAAGCAGCUGUGGAUCAUAUUCAUGCGACUGCUGAUGUCUGUAAGAAGGGAGCCUACUCUGGUAGUCACGGCACUGAGGAUCAUUGAGAGAGAGGAAAAGUUAGACUCGCUGUCCAGUAAACGUCAAGAGCAGACUGGUUUCAUGCCCCCUGAUCGGCCCAAACGAUGGCGACAGAAGUGCAUGUCAGUCAUGGAGGAAUGUAUCUCGCAGAGGAUUGAGGGUAAUCAAAUGGAGGACCGUAGCAGCAAUAAGAUGUGGCUGGUACGGCAUCUAGAGGUCACCAGACAACUCAUGUUAGAGGACCUCAAAGUGGCCAAGACCUUGCUUCCUCCCGUGUUUCCACCGUACUACAACAUUGUGAACAAGUUUGUCUGGAUGUACCACGAGGCCCUAUCCAAGCAUAUCAAGGACAUGAUGGAGCAGAAGUUGGAGGGCAACGAGUUUGUCACCUUGCUGCAGUGGCUCAACAGCUAUGAUUCUCCAGAACUCAUGAAACACCCCUCACUCAACAUCGACACCAAGGAACUGGGUCCCCUGCUCCAUAAUGAUGAUGUAGAAAAACUCCAGAAAGAGUAUUUGACCAAUAUGAAGAAAAAUAUACAGGACUGGACUGGUAACACUUUGAAAUCAGAGCAAAAGGACUGGUGUCGUAAUGAGGGACCAGACCAAGACGGCGAAGGAUUCUACAACACAUCUCUACCUAUGAUCAUUUUCCAGAUGAUCGAACAAAAUAUUCAAGUGGCCGGCAUGCUUGGUGAAAGCAUCAUGUUACGCAGUCUGGAGCAGUUUGUUGAAGUUCUCAGCAACUUUGCUGAACAACUGAAAGGAGUUGUUGGUAUCUACAGAGACAGACAUUUACAAGACAGGAGGGAACCAAAGUUCUACCUGCACUAUUUGAUCGCCACAGCGAACAAUCUGCUCACCUUUGGAGACUACAUGACCCAGCUGAGGAAGCGUUACCUGAAGACCGAGUACGACAGAGACGAGGAGGAUGAUGCCAACAUCCGCAUGGACAGGUUCCAGGUGCUCAAGGGAACGUUCUACCGUACCGCGUACGACAUCAUUGGCUACAUUCUGGAGGAGGUUAUGAUUGAUCUCCGCACACACGAGCAUUGCAUCAACGAGCUGAUGACAAAAGCAUGGCAGCAGAGCGGUCAGUCCGUGGAGGUGGUGGUCGCCACAUGGCAGGACUACGGAACAGACUUUGUCCACCUGAAGCCCAAGCUGGAGCAGAAACUGUAUGAGACUGCCAAACGUGUCAUACUGAAGGAAUACCUGAAGGCCAUUCUCUCAAGGAAACUGGCCUUUAAGGUUUAUGAUGAGCGGAAGAACGCUGCAGAGAAGAUGAUCCAUGAGGCAACACAGUUGGAGCGUAUCUUCCACAAGUACAAGUCUGAUGAUACCUGUACUGGAAGAAAAUAUGAUGCUACAUUCUCGGUACUUCCCAUGAUGGCAGAGAGCCUGAAAUUGAAGGACACCUCCAUGCUGUCACUGGAAAUUGCUGGCAUCAUGAAGAAGUUUCCUGAUAUCCGUCUAGAGCAGAUGAUCAACCUAUUGCUGUGUCGUGGUGACAUGAGCCGGUCCGAGGCUCGACAGAUGAUCAUCGACACUGUGGGAGAAGAGAAGGCACUGAAAUCCGCUAAUAUUGGAAUAUUUGCAGACAUUGCAGCUGAGACCAAAUAGCCUUGAAUUUCUUGUUAGUUUGUGUAUAUAUAGGCUUUGUGGUCUUUACAAUUUGUAAUGUCUUAAAUCCAAAUUAUGAUUGUUUUCAACGAGUUAUGCAAUCAUCACAUUUAAAAUUGAUGAAUUUUUGUAUUUAUUUACCAUAAGAAAUUUGUGUACACAUAAAAGUGACAAUACAUCUUUUUGAGGAAUUCAAAAUUCCCAGAGGUCCUUAUGAUAACAUAUUAUGUAACUUAUUUGCUUGUGUGUUCAUGUUGAAUGGUUAUAAUAUAGUGUUAUAUCACAGUGAUAUGUAUAGAUUGCUGAGUGUAAUAUCACAGUGAUAUGUAUAGAUUGCUGAGUGUAAUAUCACAGUGAUAUGUAUAGAUUGCUGAGUGUAAUAUCACAGUGAUAUGUAUAGAUUGCUGAGUGUAAUAUCACAGUGAUAUGUAUAGAUUGCUGAGUGUAAUAUCACAGUGAUAUGUUUAGAUUGCUGAGUGUAAUAUCAUAGUAAUAUGUAUAGAUUGCUGAGUGUUAAGUAUUAAUACAUGCUAUCAAUCUUUUUAAAAUCAUCACAACUUUGCGAUACCAGGUAUUUGAAGUAUGUAUACAUUACCUAUUUUGAUUGUAUUUUAAUGGGAUUGCUAAUUUAUGUGCAAUAAAUAUUGACUUAUU